AUGCCGGAACAACCACAACAAGGAGAACAGUCUGUCAAGAGAAGGAGGGUCACUAGAGCCUGUGAUGAGUGUAGAAAGAAAAAGGUUAAGUGUGAUGGCCAACAGCCGUGUAUCCAUUGUACCGUGUACUCUUACGAAUGUACAUAUAAAAAGCCUACUAAGAGGACGCAGAAUCCCGGAAACUCUGGUGUGCUAGCACUGGACAAUGCUGUUGCUGGUCCAUCAUCAAGUGCUGUGGUGGCGGCUGCUGCCUCUAAUCCUAAUAAACUUCUUUCGAGCGUCAAAGCGGAAAGAAUUGUCUUGCCAGGUUCCUCUACUAUGCCCGCAAGUAGCAACUCGUCCAAGCCAAGAAAGUAUAAGACCAAGAGCACAAGGCUGCAAUCUAAAAUUGACCGGUAUAAACAAAUUUUUGACGAAAUCUUCCCACAAUUACCUGAUAUAGAUAAUUUGGAUAUUCCCGUGUUCUUACAAAUCUUCCACAACUUCAAAAGAGACUCUCAGUCCUUUUUAGACGACACCGUGAAGGAGUACAUCCUAAUUGCCAGUGACAGUUCCUCUCCAAUCCAACCAAUGCUCUCUUCAAAUUCAAAAAACUCCACCCCAGACGAGUUUCUACCCAACUUGAAAAGUGAUUCGAAUAGUGCCUCCAGUAACGCCAGAGAACAGGACAGCACAGAUGCAUACCCCAAUAUUCCAGUCGGUAGGGAAAUAAAAAUUAUCUUACCACCAAAAGCGAUCGCUUUACAAUUUGUUAAAAACACAUGGGAACACUGCUGUGUUCUUCUCCGAUUCUAUCACAGACCGUCGUUCAUUAGGCAGUUGGACCAAUUGUAUGAAACAGAUCCGAACAACUACACGUCCAAGCAGAUGCAAUUUUUGCCGUUGUGUUACUCUGCAAUUGCUGUAGGAGCGCUAUUUUCCAAAUCCAUUGUCUCUAAUGACUCGUCAAGGGAAAAAUUUCUACAGGACGAAGGUUACAAGUACUUUAUUGCAGCAAGGAAACUAAUCGAUAUCACCAAUUCUCGUGACUUGAACUCCAUACAAGCCAUUCUGAUGCUGUUUAUAUUCUUACAAUGUUCUGCGCGUUUGUCGACGUGUUACACUUACAUAGGUGUCGCUAUGAGAAGUGCUUUGAGGGCAGGCUUCCAUCGAAAAUUGGGCACUAAUUCCGGCUUUAGUCCGAUAGAAAUUGAAAUGAGAAAACGCCUUUUUUACACUAUCUACAAACUGGACGUUUAUAUCAAUGCAAUGUUGGGCUUACCUAGAUCGAUUUCUCCAGAUGAUUUUGAUCAAACUCUGCCUCUGGAUCUAUCAGACGAAAAUAUUACAGAGACGGCAUAUUUACCUGAAAACCAAAAUGCCGUGUUAUCAAGUACGGGGAUUUCUAAUGAACAUACGAAGUUAUUUUUGAUUCUAAAUGAGAUCAUAUCUGAAUUAUAUCCGAUAAAGAAAACCAGUAAUAUAAUAUCCCACGAAACAGUAACUAGUUUGGAGUUAAAAUUGAGAAAUUGGCUGGAUUCAUUGCCCAAAGAACUGAUACCUAAUGCCAAAAAUAUAGAUCCUGAAUAUGAAAGGGCAAAUCGUCUAUUACAUUUAUCCUUUUUGCACGUCCAGAUAAUACUGUACAGGCCUUUCAUUCAUUAUUUAUCGCGGAAUAUGAAUACUGAGAAUGUGGAUCCCCUAUCUUACCGAAGAGCUAGAAACUCUAUCUCUGUGGCUCGAACGGUCAUCAAGCUAGCAAAAGAGAUGGUUAGUAACAAUUUGUUAACUGGUUCAUACUGGUAUGCUUGCUAUACAAUUUUUUACUCUGUCGCAGGUCUUUUGUUCUACAUCCAUGAAGCACAACUUCCCGAUAAGGAUAGUGCCAGAGAAUAUUACGACAUUCUGAAAGACGCAGAAACAGGUAGAAGCGUGCUUAUCCAGUUAAAAGAUUCAAGCAUGGCAGCUAGUAGGACGUAUAAUUUAUUGAACAAAAUUUUUGAAAAAUUGAACUCAAAAACUAUUCAACUUACUGCAUUACAUUCAUCUCCAUCCAAUGAGAACGCUCCUUUGGCUACUAGUAAUCCUUCAGCUCCUGAAAGCAGUACAGAAGAAUCUUUACAACCACCUGUGUUUUUUUCCUCUCGAGAUACAAAGAACGAUUUUCCACUAAAUAAGAAUGAAGAAAACACGAAUGAUUAUACAAUGGCAAAUUAUUUAAACAAUACUCCGAUUUCUGAAAAUCCCUUGAACAAAGGACAACACCAGGAUCAAAUAUCUCAAGGAAUGGCCAGCAUAUCUAAUGAAAGAGGCUCGAACAACCUCCUUUCUAGUGAUAUUAGAAUCCAUGAUAAUGGCCAACAAAAUAUUCUUGAUGCUGCAGAUGACGUUUUUGUCAGGAAUGAUGACGACAUUUCAGCUAGCAACACAUUCGAUUUUGACAGUAAUAAAAAUAAUGCGUCAAACAUCUCUAAUCAAGGGUUUAUCAACAACAAUUAUAAUAACACCAAUAAUGACAAUAAUAAUAAUAACAAUAACAAUAAUAACAAUAAUAACAAUAAUAAUAAUAGUAAUAAUAGUACUACUAAUAAUAAUAAUAAUAAUAAUAAUAAUAACAAUAAUGGUGAUAGUGAUCAUAAUAAUAUUAAUAAUAAUAAUAACAAUAAGUUCGAUAUGAAAAUUGAUAACAAUUCACCAUCAUAUGAAGGGUUUGCUCGAUUGCAAAUGCCACCUUCGCAAGACAAUAUGAACAUAGAAGACAAAGGGGAAAUGUCGCCUAGUAAUGAGCAAAAUCUGACUGACUCGAACGAUAUUCUUGGAGUAUUUGACCAGCUAGAUGCUCAGCUAUUUGGGAAAUACCUGCCUCUCAAUUACCCUUCCGAAUGA